AUGUAUAAAUUUGAUUUGGUGUAUUACUACCAUAAGCAAUUAAAAAGUAUUAUUAAAAGUGGAGGGAAGUACAUAUCACAUAUGUUUUUCGAUAACAACAAAUAUGUAACAUGUGAAAAUAACACCAGAGAUUGUGUCAACAAAACAUAUGCAAUACAAUGCAGUGAUGGCUAUUUUAUGAACAAAGCAGGAAAUUGUAUAAGAACUCGGUUUUGUAAAGAAUUAUUUGGUGGUAUUUGUGCUGCGUUAGGUGGUACGUUUGAUUAUCAAAAACACGAAUUUAAAAAAUGUGAUGAAAAAUGCUUGUUUUGUUUGCGAGGGGUGUGUUCUAUAUGUGCAUCAAAUUCAAUUUUAAUCAAUGAGAAAUGUCAAUCUAAAGGAUAUGGAGAAAAGAUAGUAUACUCACAUUCUGUAAUCAGUUGCAAUGAUGGGUACUAUAAUCACCAAAACUCAUGUCACUUAUGUAAAAGGACUUUUUUGAGCUGUGAGUUGUGUGACAAGAAGAAGUGCACCAAAUGCAUUUCUGGGUAUUCACUCGACACCUCACUAAAUUGUGCUAUUUCAAUCACAAUUUCAAGCACUUUAAAAACAACAACACAGUGCCCACGCGGUUACACAUCGUCUGAGAAUGGCAAGUGCCAAGCAUCCAUAACACAUUGUUUGUAUUUCAUAGAAAACGUGUGCUAUCAAUGUGAGUCUAAUUAUGUUUUAUUGCAUGGAAAGUGUUACCAAGGCACCAUCACACAAAGUGAUAAUUGUGAAAUGUUUACACCUAUUGGGUGUCUUCGAUGUGCAAAGGGGUAUUACAUCGACAAAAAUAACAAAUGCAGCAAAUGUAAUACAAAGUGCACAGAAUGUACAGAAAACUCGGAGAAGUGUCAAAGUUGUAUCACAGGCACCGUCCUUUCAAACGGGAAGUGUCUCACUAUUUUUGCACUUGAAGGCGUUUGCAAUUUAUAUGAUGCGAAUGGGCAAUGCGCACAAUGUGUGGAUGGAUAUUAUAUUAGCAAUUCUUUGUGUUUUAAGUGUACUUUUCCAUGUGCAAUUUGUAAAGACGAUAUAAAAUGUGAUAAGUGUGAUAAAAAAUAUUUUGUAAAUGAAAAUGGAAUUUGUGAGAGUGUCUACAACAUCACAAAUUGUGGCAAAUUCUCAGAGACUUUGGGGUGUUUGAAAUGUUCUGAUGGGUAUUACAAAAGUGGACUGCGUUGUAUUCAAUGCAAACAAAACUGUUCAUUGUGUACAACAGCAGAAUUGUGCAACAAGUGCAGUAACAACAUGGUCUUAUCUACUGGUAUAUGCAAAGAGCGAUUGUAUAUAAAUCGUUGUGUGAAUGUAACAAAUUCGUUGUGUGAACGAUGCAACUUUUGGUACGUUAAAAGUGACGACACAAUAUCUUGUGAUAAAAUAAAUAUGAUUAAGAUCCUACUUAUUGUGAUAUUUGGAUGUAUAAUCUUACUUAUAUUAAUUACAAUCAUUAUGAGUUUUGUCGGAUUGUACAUCAUACAGACACAUCACCUUAAUGUAGAGAGAAAGAAAAAUGGUAUAUUUUCUAUUCGUUGUGUCAGAGAACCAAUAAAACAACUUAUAGACAAGAUAUACACAAAUUCAUCAAUACUUGAUUUUGGUGUUGACUUACCAGUCAACAGAAUGUGUAUUAAAACAGUUGUAUUUGCCAACAAAUCGAAAUAUUGUGUAAAGCUGCAGUUGGUCUACAUUCAUCGCAAAAGUUACAAAAUAACCAUCUCGCCAAAAGUCGUCACAUUACGACCAAGAGACGCUUGUCUUUUCACAAUUGAAAUUUCACCGACAUAUUCUGGCGAUUUUAAAAGUUCGUUGACACUGAGUUGUGUAUUUCUGGAACGUGGUGUCGAGUUAACCAAAAGAAUACCACUCAUAUUUUCAACGGCACUUUCAACGUGGAUUGACAACAGUAGCAUUACUAAUAUGACUGAAAUAUGUCGGGGUGGUGUUGGUAUCAUAUUCAAAGCAACAUAUAAAGGGCGUACAGUCGCAGUGAAGAAGAUCAGACAAUUCAAAAAUGUCAAAGACGAUGAGUUCAUAACAGAAGUCGACAUGUUACAAAAAAUACGAAAUCCGUUUAUAGUUGAAUUUAUUGGAGCUGUAGCACAAAACGGAAAACAUAUGAUUGUCAUGGAGUAUAUCAUUAAUGGGAGUUUGGAUCAGAUCAUCAAAAAAUAUAAAGUGAAAUGUAGUCACACUGAUGUGCUUCAGUGCGAUGACAUUAUAUUGCCAUUAACAAUUCGUUAUAAAAUCCUUUUAGACGCCACAAAGGGUGUAAACUAUUUACACCUCAAUGGCAUUUUCCACAGAGACAUCAAGCCCGGCAAUAUUCUUUGCAAGAAACGUGAAUUUGUU